UCCUGGUUUGCUCCACGAUCCGACACGAUGCAUCUUCCGGGCUCUUGGCAGUGGCUAUGCGGCCUGUUUCUCGUGGUGGCCGCAACAGGAGUCGACACCGUCGCCAAAGCCGAAGAGCAAGUCACCUCUUGUCCAGUGCCAUCGAAAGGGCCCAUCCACCCAGGGAUCUUCAAACACUCUCAAGCCCUUGCCGAGUUGAUCACAAACCAUUUCGUGCACACGGCGGACAACGCCAACUUUGAAGUUUUUCUUCAGCAAGAUCUUCUGUACUUGAUGCAGUAUGCCGAGGUGGUUCGCCCCGGCCUCGACGCAUGCCGCCGCCACAAGAACCCUUGCCUGCGACAGCUCAUCAUCGAUCUCGAAAGCAAGCUGUCAUAUGGUGACAGCAAUGCCAACGAAUACAAAGAGAUGUUUAACAUUCAGCACGCUAACGAACCCAACGAAGCACUUCUCGCCUACUUUGACUUUUACAAGUCACACCACGAAACUUGCGAAGCCACCAUCGCGGCCAUGCAGGUGUGCCUAUGCUCCUACAAAAUGGUCGCAAAGGCGCUCAAUGAUGCCUUGAACAACAGCCCGGCUGAUGGCAUGACUAGCCUGACGAGGAAGCGCUUGGAAGAUUUUGUUUUUUUGAAUGGCGGCGAUGCACCGAUUGUGAAGCACGGUAUGGAGGGAUCAACCUGUGCAAUCGGUCGAACGAUCCUCGGUCUUCUUGGGAGCGGUGGGGAUGAUGCAUCCUUCUUGGACGAGCCGACAGCGCAGCUCAUCUUGGAGAAGGCCGUGCAGCUCGAGGCGCGGCUGUGGCACGUCCCGAUCGCCUCGGAAGCAAGCGCGGAGUCUCCAAUGCCACACGCUGGCGAGUUGUGAAGGAUCCAACUUCUCAACCUUUUGCACACUCUUCUUGUUUUUUCUCUGGCUAGCGCAAAUUGCAGCGUGCAUCAGCCGAGGUCAAACGAGGACCUGAGAGCUGUACCGGAAGCGAGUGCUUGACUGCUUGACUGCGAACCUUCACGCAAGCGCGAUACCUUGCCAUGUCAUCGAAUGAAUACGUCUCUCUCUCUUUUUCUGUUUCUUUUGACCAAUUCAUUUUUCUCUCUCUC